GUCUCCUCCUCCCUGGCCCUUGUUUUGGCUGGAAGCGCUCCGGCGGAGUUAGAGAAAGUCUGGGCAGAAACCGCAGCCGGCCCGAACGUGGGAAGGGGAGGAGGAAAGGAAGAGGGAGCCGGGAGGCCGGGAGAGGGAGGGAUCGGGGCCGGGGGCCAGGCCGCUCAGAACCUGCCGCGCGCCCGGGGGUGGGGGAGGCGGCGCGGGAGGAGCGCGAGGGGACUGGACGGUGGGCUCUGUCCCCGCAGCCGAGAGCCUCCUUCCUUCGCCGCCCUCCGCCCUCUCUCUCCCGCGGCGGCGGCGAGCGCGGACCCACCCUCCGGCGGGACCUCUGCCCUGCCCAGCGACGCCGAGCCGGCGGCUCCCUCCGUGGCCCUGGACCAGCCCUGCGCCCGCUGUCCACGGGACCCUCGCGGCUUCCCCUUUCCUCCUGGCUGCCCGGGUGCCGCGGGGAAGUGACCCACCCUCCCGCGAGGAGGGGAAAGGAGAGGAUCGCGCAGGGCGCACCGAAACCGAGAGCGGGCGAGCCGGAGUGGGCACCGCGCAGGGCAUUGUGUGUGUGUGUGUGUGAGUGUGUGUGUGCGCGCGUGCAGCGUCGUGUCUGUCUAGAGAGCGCUCUGGGAGGUCCCGUCCCGAGGGGGCGGAGCGCAGGGGGCCGAGGCUUGGUCUCCGCGCCGGGGCAGAGUCCCGUUGAGCCCGAGCGCGAAGGAGGCAGUCGGCGGGACGGCGCGCCUGGCGGCUGGGCGGGCGCACUGAAGGGAGGCCGGGGCGCCCUCGGCCCGGCCGCGGACCCUGCCCCGAGGUAUCGGCCUCGGCGGCGCGGCCCGCUUCUACUCAAGUCCGCGGACCUGCUUGCUGGGGAAGAAGCUCGGAGGCCGAGAGCCGGUGCGCCGCGGGAGAGCUAGGUCCCCGCCGCUGCGCGGCUGUCCGGCGUCGGCGGUGUCGGGAGCGCGCCCGGCCCGGAGCCGGAGAGGCGCGCACCAUGAGCGGCGGCGAAGUGGUCUGCUCCGGAUGGCUCCGCAAGUCACCCCCGGAGAAAAAGUUGAAGCGUUAUCCCUCUCCUCUGUCUUGCACUGGAUGCUUGCUGCGUUCCCACUGCCGCUACCGUGGGUCAGAUCUUCUUUUCCCAUUGCGUCCUCACUGGUCUCCCUGCACAGAACCUCAGCCUCCAAACCAUCCAAGGCAUGGAAGAGGAGAUGGUUUGUGUUACGCAGUGGCCGUUUAACUGGAGAUCCAGAUGUCUUGGAAUAUUACAAAAAUGAUCAUGCCAAGAAGCCUAUCCGCAUUAUUGAUUUAAAUUUAUGUCAGCAAGUUGAUGCUGGAUUGACAUUUAACAAAAAAGAGUUUGAAAACAGCUACAUUUUUGAUAUCAACACCAUUGACCGGAUUUUCUACUUGGUAGCAGACAGUGAAGAGGAGAUGAAUAAGUGGGUUCGUUGUAUUUGUGACAUCUGUGGGUUUAAUCCUACAGAAGAAGAUCCUGUGAAGCCACCUGGCAGCUCCUUACAAGCACCGGCUGAUUUACCACUGGCGAUAAAUACAGCACCACCAUCCACCCAGGUGGAUGCCUCCUCUGCCGCUCCACCUCCUCCAUAUCAGCUAAUUAGCCUUCCACCACACCUGGAAACCCUUGGCAUCCAGGAGGAUCCUCAAGACUACCUCUUGCUAAUCAACUGUCAGAGCAAGAAGCCUGAACCCACCAGAACGCAUGCUGAUUCUGCAAAAUCCACCCCUUCGGAGACAGACUGCAAUGAUAACGUCCCUUCUCAUAAAGAUCCUGCUUCCUCCCAGAGCAAACAUGGAGUGAAUGGCUUUUUCCAGCAGCAGAUGUUGUAUGACUCUCCACCGCCUCGGGCUGCAUCCAUUUCCGUAGACUCCAGCCUUUAUAACCUGCCCAGAAGUCACUCCCAUGACGUCUUACCAAAGGUGUCUCCUUCAAGUACCGAAGCCGACGGAGAGCUCUAUGUUUUUAAUACCCCAUCCGGGACCUCGAGUGUAGAGCCUCAAAUGAGGCAUGUAUCUAUUAGUUAUGACAUUCCUCCAACACCUGGUAAUACUUAUCAGAUUCCACGAACAUUUCCAGAAGGAACCUUGGGGCAGACGUCAAAGCUAGACACUAUUCCAGAUAUUCCUCCACCUCGGCCACCGAAACCGCAUCCGGCUCAUGACCGAUCUCCUGUGGACACGUGUAGCAUCACACGCACAGCCUCUGACACUGACAGUAGUUACUGUAUCCCGACAGCAGGGGUGCCACCAUCCCGUAGUAAUACCAUUUCCACUGUGGAUUUGAACAAAUUGCGAAAAGAUGCUAGUUCUCAAGACUGCUAUGAUAUUCCACGAACAUUUCCAACUGAUAGAUCUAGUUCACUUGAAGGCUUCCACAACCACUUUAAAAUCAAAAACGUAUUGACAGUGGGGAGUGUAUCAAGCGAAGAACUGGAUGAAAAUUAUGUCCCCAUGAAUCCCAACUCUCCUCCACGACAACAUUCCAGCAGUUUCACGGAACCAAUUCAGGAAGCAAAUUAUGUGCCAAUGACUCCGGGGACAUUUGAUUUUUCUUCAUUUGGAAUGCAAGUGCCUCCUCCCGCUCAUAUGGGCUUCAGGUCCAGCCCAAAGACCCCUCCUAGAAGGCCAGUUCCUGUUGCAGACUGUGAACCACCCCCCGUGGAUCGGAACCUCAAGCCAGACAGAAAAGGUCAAAGUCCUAAAAUUUUAAGACCCAAACCCCAUGGUUUAGAGCGAACUGAUUCACAAACCAUAGGUGACUUUGCUACAAGAAGAAAGGUCAAGCCAGCACCUUUAGAAAUAAAACCUUUGCCAGAAUGGGAAGAAUUACAAGCCCCAGUAAGAUCUCCCAUCACUAGGAGUUUUGCUCGAGACUCCUCCAGGUUUCCCAUGUCUCCCCGGCCGGAUUCAGUGCACAGCACGACUUCAAGCAGUGACUCACAUGACAGUGAAGAGAAUUACGUUCCCAUGAACCCAAACCUGUCCAGUGAAGACUCAAAUCUUUUUGGCAGUAAUAGUCUUGAUGGAGGAAACAGCCCAAUGAUCAAGCCCAAAGGAGACAAACAAGUGGAAUACCUAGAUCUAGAUUUAGAUUCUGGGAAAUCCACGCCACCACGUAAGCAAAAGAGCAGUGGCUCAGGCAGCAGUGUAGCUGACGAGAGAGUGGACUAUGUCGUGGUUGACCAACAGAAGACCCUGGCUCUGAAGAGCACCCGUGAAGCCUGGACCGAUGGGAGACAGUCCACAGAGUCUGAAACGCCAGCCAAGAAUGUGAAGUGAAAAUGCCGCUUUAAUGUCUCUGAACAAAAGAGGACUGAGCUGUAAGGAGAAAUCCUGUUUGACUGAAGAUAACUUGACCCUUGUACUCUAGGUAGAUCCUCAGCUGAACAGAGUCGAAGUCAGAGGACCUUUCAGACUUAAGCCAUUGAGCGUGUAAAUGGUGCUUUGUGGUAUCUGAACAAUUCAUCACAUGUAAAUAAUGUGGGAAAAUACUGUUGUUUGGUUCCCAGAGAAACAUUUGUUUCGUAGUUAACACACUUGUAGUAUUACUGUACUUAUGCACUUUUUCAUUUAAAACAUUGGUUUGGGUAUUCCCGAAUGGACCUUAACGUGAUUCUUUUGGGAGUCCUUGUUUUCCUCACACUACUCUUAAGAACGAUGCUACGUGAACUAAGCUACUUUCCACUGGGAAACUGCUCUUUCAGCUGCAGGGUAACAACAUGACGUGAGAAGUAGAUGCACAACAUACCUUUCUACCUGAAACUUAACGGGGUAACCGUUAGCUGAAACUACAAAGUAGAGUUGGACUCAUCAUUCAUUGCCUUCCAAAGUGCUAAAGCAUCAUGUACCUACCGGUGUCAGGACUUCGUUCUCUGGUUCAUGGACAUUUGGUUCUCAGUGGUGGGACUUUCUUAUAUUUUGUUAAUUACAGUGUUUUGGGCUCAUUAAGUGAAGAUUCUGCCAGGUGGGAUCUCACACCUUGGAAAGAGUGAAUAAUCACACUGUCAAGUAAGCGUACAACUCACUGAUGGCACGUGGUGACGACGUGCUCUCACAUUUUCAGCAUGUAUUAAACGUUACGUUAUUUGCAAAGUGUAGAUUAUAUAACUAAUCAGGUACGUACCAGGCACUGAUGUGCUAAUACAAUGAUCAGGUUUAGACAGUGAGCUUUAGUUGUAUUCGUGUUAGUCCUCUAAUGCUGGUUUCCAGUUUGGAAUUAAUGGCACAAUUGACAUUCACUGUUGGUUAUAGCAACAUACUGUGAUUUUUAAUUAGACAGUCAUUCAGAUUUAUUACUCUUAAGAAUGAAAUUCUGUCUUUUGACACCAUAGUGCCCUUUCUAUGAUUUUUUUUUUAAACUUUCCUUAAUAUUCUUCUUGGCCUUAUCCUAUUUAAAUCCCUAUGCAAUUAAUAUUUUAUAUCUGCAUUUUUUUUAAAAAAUAGAUGUUAUAUAAGUGAUUCUCAUAUGUAGCACCUAUUGCUUUUCCAGUAAAAGAAUUAAGGCUUGUGUGCUGUGAUUUAUAUUCACUGCCCCAAUUCAAGAAAUAUUGGAGCCUUGCUAUAAUGUGAAAUCUUAAAGUCAUGGACCUCUUCCAACCAGAUUUCUGAAACCACCAGAGGUAUCGUGUAAUUCUUUCUCACCUAUAACAUGGUCCUAUAGCAAGACCACACAUUAUCUCUAGUAAGGCUACAAUUUAUCUGUCUUGGCUUUGCAAUGUAAUUUAGAAAGCAGGUAUAGUUAUUGGUUUGAUUGGUUUUUAACUAAGUUACAUACAAUCUCUUAUGUACUGAUUUGAGACUUACUAACAGUGUUUGGAGGGGGCACAGAGAUUGAAGAGCCCACAGCUGAGGCAUGUUUCCCUCCAUGCAGACCUUUAAUGUUACCUGAGUACACAGAUGUGCCCUGAUUUCUGGCCCCUUGGUCACCGUACCGUGCCUAAUCAAUGUAAUGGGUUUAUGUCCCCUCCGUGAGCUAAAAACGUUCAUAACAAGAGGAAUUGUAGACAAGUAACAUUUGAUGCUUUUAAAUGUUUGCUUCUUUUUAAACAAAAACUAAAACCCAGAACUGAAUUUUGAGGUGGAUGUUUAAAUAAAAAAACAUUGUUUGAGUUUGCUGUGAGUAAGCUGUUUUAUAGUGAAACCACAAAAUAGAGUCGAAAAUCAUUGAAAUGUGCCCCAACUGUCAAAACACAUAACGCAGUUGAUGUGUGAAGAUACCAAAUUGUGUUGCAUGGAGGAUAAACAUACUUUGAGAUUUAGAACACAACAAUAAAUAUAUUGUUAAUUCAAAAAUAGAAAUCUUGGGGGCGUCCCUGGUGGCGCAGUGGUUGAGCGUAUGCAGGGGACAUGGGUUCGUGCCCUGGUCCGGGAAGAUCCCACGUGCCGCGGAGCGGCUGGGCCCGUGAGCCAUGGCCGCUGAGCCUGCGCGUCCGGAGCCUGUGCUCCGCAACGGGAGAGGCCACAACAGUGAGAGGCCCGCGAACCGCAAAAAAAAAAAAGAAAUCUCGUUUUAAAAGCUACCUAUCAGAAGAGUCUAAGGCAAUAAUGAACUUUUUAGUGUAAUUUCUCAAUUUUUGCAUGUUACCAUUUUGAAGACCCGCAGCACUCAAAUCUGUAGAAAUUUUUCCAUUACGCAGAGUAAUUUAAGAAUUGAAAAUUAGGCAGUUUGUUAAACUAAAUCACAUUAAACAUUGCAUUAACAAAUUAAAUGAAAAGACAGUCUCUUAUAGAGCGGUAUUUCCCAAAGAUUUUUUAGCACUAGAACCUCUUUUAAGUAAACUCUUGUGUAAGCCCAAUAUGUAAAGCCUGGAAAGUCCAUUUGAUCAGUGUAACUGUAUUUUGAGUCCACAUUUAUGUUUACUUGUCUUAGAACAUUACUAAGAAUAACAUUUCUAAGUAACACAAAUGUGAAAUUGGGGUUAUAGAUAGUUGGUGAAACCUUAGCCGCCAGUCUGUUUCUAUGCCUUGUUUUAUUCACAUGCUAUCAAGAGAAUUUUGCUUCAUGCAAAUGUAAGUAAGUACAAAUAAUAAUAGGGUUUAAACACACAUUUCAGGAGAUUCUUUAACUAGAAAUAGAUAAAGUUGUAUUCCCAGGUUUAUAUAAACGUAAAUUAUCCUGGUAGUGGAAGUUUAUACAUAAGCAGACUCCAGUGUGGUAAAAUAGUGUAUGUAACACAUUAGAAUGUGCAUUUUUACUAAGUUUUUAAACUACACACUUUUAUAAAAACAAAAUUUGAAUCAAACUCUUUAAUACCCCUAAUUGCCCACAAGAAGCUGAGUUUUGGCCAGGCAUGGGUUGAACACCACUGGUUACCUGUGUAACAGUUGUGUUAUAAAUCACAAGUUUUUUUCUCCCACAUUUGACGCUCUCUACCUUUUAUUCCUUAUGUUGAGAAACUGUACAAUUUUAUGAAAGUUUGAAUACCAGUGCGCAGCUCUGCUUUCAAAACUCAAAAUUCAGACUUGAAUAAUGUAAGCUGUUUAACCCACAGGAUGCAUCACCUUAGAAAGCUAUAAAAGUGGUUUUUAUCUACACGCUAUACGUUUUCAUCUUUAUUUUUAUCAAUACCAUAUAAGCUACUGUGAGCAUUUUAGAGAAUUCCGUAAAGGUACUAUGAGUGUGUGUAUGUAUAUAUAGCAUUGUAUUUAAUCAUAGACUAAGUUUAAUUUGAUAUAGAAAUACUGCCAUACUUGUACAUUAAUGUCAUAAGUCAUAAUUCCCUCUGGACUCUUUAUAUUUAAUUCAUCAGAGGUCGUAAUCUUCAUAGUCAUAAAUGCAUUCAAACUGGAAAUCGAACACCAGUGUUUGUUUUUCUUUUUCUUUUAGUGGGAAGUUGUCUGCUUUCCCCCUUUAGCAAAAACAGUAUUUUUUAUAUUUUGUUAAACUGUUGACUAUUUUAUGCCUGUACACUAUACCAUAGGCAUAAUUCUUAGAUAUUCCCAAACACUCUUAGUGCCUCCUUAUUUGGCCCAUUGAAAGUAUUGGUGUUAGUAUUUCGAAUGAAUUAUCCUUUAAAAAUAUACUAGCCUUAAACAUUUUAGAAACAACAAGGGGGACUGAAUCUUUUUAUUCCUAUCUUUGGGUCAUGUGGUAGGUCUUAUCCUCCAUUGUUAGAUAAGCAGUCAGGUCUGUAACAGGAUUGACAUAACAUGACCAAACCAAGUGGAUACAGAGAGAGAGGGGGGGCAUAUCCCAGGAUAACAGUUAUUGUCAAUAACGUCAGCUAUAUGUAAAUCUGUAUAUAAUUUAAAAUACCAACAACUAUGAGGUGAAAAAGCCAUGGUGCAAAUGAAAUGUUGUAGACAUCAUGGACUUUGUUCUGAUGAAAAAUCACUUGUCGGGUUGUUGAGAUGAUUGGUUUUAAUCUGACUAAAUAUGUUUAUAUAUCACUACAGCUUGAAAUAAUUUAGUUCAUCCUCCAUAGACUUAUCUUUCUUUAGGAUCAGUAUAACGCAUAUUGUGAGUUUCAACAGACUGUUUCGUCACGGGAUUAACAUAGCUUCUGGCUUCCUUUACUAAAAAGAUAUGGCUUUGUGUGAGUUCUUGUAACCUAAAUCAAUUGUUGAUAAUCAUUCCAAAUUUCCACAGCAAAAUCUUAUGUAUAAACUUAUUUCUCCCCUCUUGCACAUCUUCUUUUGUAAAGAUACCAAAUAAAACUUUUCAAACAAUUUGGUUUCAAGACCUUAAGUAGUCAAUUUGGAUACUGAAACUGUGACCCAAUAAGGACAUAAAACUUCUAUUUCCAACUCUUCCUUAGAGUCUUUAUCUAAAUCAAAAACCCAAUUCUGCCAUUAACUACACUUCCCAGUUCUACUUCUAUAGGGUCACUCAUUUUCUGCAGUAAAGAGACCCAGUUGCC